UUCUACACUGUGGUGCAAUUUCGCGUUUAUUAUUUUUCGUUGAUUCUUGUGUAUAAGUUGAAUGUGAUUCUUUUCCUUUGCAGUACUAUAAUAAAUUUAUUUGUUACGUUUUUCUCUAUUUAUCCGAGAUAAAUCUUCAUUUCGAAAAUAAUUACAAUUAAAUUACAAAGAAUUCAAUUGCCUUUAAGGAAUUUCACUAAUAUUUCUGGAAACUACAUAAAUUGAUAUAGAAUGUCAUCAAACAAUCAAGCUGACCCAGCUUCUGCAGAGAUUUUCGAUGAUGUUGAACACGAUGUUAACUAUCAGCCACCACCGGAAAAGACUAUCGACGAAAUAGUGGCAGCCGACAAAGACGACAAAAGUCUUAUCGUAUACAAAAAGGCGCUGCUUGGUGAAGCGGAAAGUGAAAAAAUCAUUGUUGACACAAGUGAUCCAAGAAAAGUUAUUGUUAAAAAACUAUGCCUUUGUGUGGAUGGGCGAGAUGACAUGGAAUUGGAUUUAACUGGAGACUUAACGCAAUUAAAGAAACAGGUCUUUGUUAUUAAGGAAGGUAUACGCUACAAGGUGCGAAUCGAUUUUAUAGUUCAAAGAGAAAUUGUCCAUGGCCUUAAAUAUGUACAAAAGACUUAUAGAUUGGGAGUGCCAGUGGAUAAAAUGACACAUAUGGUUGGAUCCUACCCACCUAAAAAGGACAUCAUAUCCUACCUAACACCUUUCGAGGAAGCACCAUCGGGAAUGAUGGCACGGGGUACAUACUCCGUUUCGUCACUCUUCACCGACGAUGACAAGAAUGUUCAUCUUAAAUGGGAUUGGACAUUUGAAAUAAAAAAAGACUGGGAAUAAAUAUAUUCUGGGAACAUCUACGAGUAUUGCAGUCAUUAAAAAAAAAAUCUUCCUAAACAAUAACAACAAAACCACAAGAAAAUAAAACAAAAUUAAAAUUUAAAUUUAAAUUAAAACAAAAAUUAAAAGCAAAAACAACAUUGUAUAACAAUAAUAUUCUUAUAAAUUUUUAUCCUUGAUAAAAAAUAAAAUUAAAAUAUACAUAAAUUAACAAUAUGGAGAAACGCGUUUACAUGUUUAUAUUAUAUACAUUACGUGUCAAUAUGUAUAGGAUUUACUAAAAAAGUAUUUACAAAGCAAUUAUGUAUCCAAUAUAUACAUAUAUAUAUAUAUAUCAAUAAUAUAUAUGUAAAGGCUACACAAUAUCCCUCAUCGACCAUCAGAUUUAUUAAAUUUAUCAAAUAUGUAAUGUAAUAUUAAAAGUAAAAAUUCUAGAUUAUUUUUUGGUUACAAUUUUGUAUUAUUAUUUAAUAGAGAAACUUACAAAAAUUAUAUAAGAAGAUAAUACAAAACGCAGGGUUAUUAAUAUAUAUAGAAAUAUGAAAUAUGUAUUAGGCAUUGUGUUUUCUUAAAUUAAAACAACAAACAAACAAAUAAAAUAUUGUAUUGUAAUCAAAUAACCAAAACCUUACAAGUAAUGUUAUUGCUAUUUAAGUCUGAUAAAUAGUGGUAACGAUGAAAAAUGAACUUAUACUUUAUUAUACAAACAAAAAUAAAAUUGCAUUUGUUUUAGA